UUUGCUUCGCAUAACAAUUUACUGAAGCACUCAUUUGGUACCACAAACACAUCCUUGCUUGUUAAACCAGGAGAUGCUAGAGGUUUUGCACGACACAUGGUUCGAGCCCAGAUGCGCCCUACAUGGCUUCCUGGCCUCGACCCCCCAGCAUAUCUGGAUGGAAGCUUGGCUGGGGAUUUCGGGUUUGACCCACUUGGGCUUGGAGAGGAUCCCGAAAGCUUGAGGUGGUAUGUGCAGGCAGAGCUUGUUCACUGUCGCUUUGCAAUGCUUGGAGUUGCAGGAAUUCUCCUAACAGAUUUACUGCGUGUAACAGGACUUCUCAGUAUACCAGUUUGGUACAAUGCAGGUGCAGUUAAAUUUGGCUUCGCCAAUACAGAAACUUUGAUCAUUGUGCAGUUCCUUUUGAUGGGAUUUGUUGAAACUAAAAGAUACAUGGAUUUCAAGACUCCUGGAUCUCAGGCACAAGAUGGAUCCUUCUUCGGACUGGAAGCUGCAUUAGAAGGCUUAGAACCUGGGUACCCUGGUGGUCCAUUGCUGAACCCUCUUGGUCUGGCGAAAGAUAUCAAGAAUGCUCACGAGUGGAAGCUUAAAGAGAUUAAGAAUGGACGGCUCGCCAUGGUAGCCAUGCUCGGCAUGUUUGUGCAAGCUUCUGUUACUCAUGCAGGACCUGUCGAUAAUCUUCUGCUGCACCUCUCCGACCCAUGGCACAGGACCAUUGUUCAGACCCUAGCUAACUCUGGCUCUUAA